AUUACAUAAUAGGUAAGUCUCGACAUUAAUUGCCGUUUUAUGGAAAACAGGACAAGGCAGGAUAGAUAAGAAACACGUUUAAUUUAAUAUGAGGUGGUUGUUGACGCGAUGACGUCUCGAGAUAGAGGCAUUUUCCUAAACAUCACUCUUUGCCCUGACCGACCCGUCUCGACCCGCCCACUACCAGCGAGCGCACAGUUUUAGCAAUUGACUAGCGGGAACCGAACUUGUUGCGCGGCUGGGGCGAGCACUGCUAUCAACCUGCCUCUAGCUAGGUACCUAUAUUCACCUUGAAGCUAAUCCUAGGUAUAUUCGCCUGUGAGGUGCUGUAUACAAAUAGCUAGCCUCGCCCUUCAGAGUCUCCAUCCUUGAUACAGCGACAUUCUCAGGCACUUGAUCGGUUAAACGUCGUUUUUACCCUGAGACAUAACAGGUACCUAAUACCUUGCAGCUCCCGUCCUGGACCGGAAUACAGCACCUAGGUACUUCGGCCCCCCCGGCUAUUCUCAGUAAGGUCCAGCCACCAUGGCGGCCACCAACAACCCCCUCGCCUUACCCUCGGACUCCCCCGCCGCCCGCGCCCCGCACGUCUCGAGCGAGGCCCUCACUGUCGCUGGGCUCAAGGUUGACGUGUACGGGCUAUCGGAGCUGCCGCCGGGCGCCGGCGCCGUGUCCUGCCUGUGGCUGCAUCACCCGCGGCUGCGGGCGCGGGGUGACAUGGCGCCCGUCGCGGGGCAGAUCCUCGACGCGUACCACCAGCACCAGAGCGGCGGCGGCGGCGUCGACCGUGGCCUGAUCGCCGUCGCCUUCGACCAGCGGAACCACGGCUCCCGGCUGGUCGACGAGCUGGCGAACGAGGUGUGGCGCCAGGGGAACAAGACCCACGCGCAAGACAUGUUCGGGACCAUCUCGGGCGCCGUCGUGGACACGAGUCACCUGCUCGACGUGCUCGAGGGCCACCUCUUCGGCGCUGGCCACGGCCCGGGCGCACCGUCCGACCCCCAGCAGCGUCGGCACAUAGACCAUCACCUCGUGCUAGGCGUGAGUCUAGGCGGACACAGCGCCUGGCAGCUGCUUUUUACGGACCCUCGGGUUACGGCAGGGGUCAUGGUGAUCGGGUGCCCCGAUUGCAUGAAUCUUCUUCAAGAUCGUGCAAGAUUAUCUAGGUUGCAAACCUACUCGGCGGAAGAUAGCGGUGCUUCUUUUUUCGGUAGCAGGGAUUUUCCUGGCGUCUUGGUGGGAGCAUGCAGGAAGUACGACCCGAAGGGUAUGCUGUUCGGAACCGGGGAGAUCCCUGAGGAGCUUACUGCCGCGGAGAAAGAUAGAUUACGGACUUUGGUGAGCGACAAGAUCGGCGGGAAGAGGCUUCAGGUCCUCUCCGGUGGUAAAGACAAGCUGGUUCCUUACAGGGCCGGUCAGAACUUCAUGAAAUUCCUAGCAGACGCUGCGGGCACAUGGCUCAAACACGCGGAUAUCUAUCUGGAGGAUAACGUCUAUCCAGACGCCGCUCACGAGUUCACGGUCGAGAUGAGGGAUGCCGCUACGCGCUUCGUCCUCGAAACGGUGGCUCUCAAGGCAAAAAAGGACGCUGCAUCCUCUAGAAUCUAGCUAAGCUAUGCGGGUGGCUUGGUG